AUGAGCCGCUACGUUCUGCCGCUGUCCGUGCUGGGCACGGCCGUGGGCGGCGCCGUGCUGCUCAAGGAUUUUGUCUCCGGCGGGGCUUGUCCCAGCAAGGCCACCAUUCCUGGGAAGACCGUCAUAGUGACUGGUGCCAACACGGGCAUCGGGAAGCAGACCGCCCUGGAGCUGGCCAAAAGAGGAGGCAACAUCAUUCUCGCCUGUCGAGACAUGGAGAAGUGCGAAGCGGCGGCCAAGGAGAUCCGAGGGGAGACCCUGAAUCACCGCGUCAAUGCCCGGCACCUGGACUUGGCCUCCCUUAAGUCCAUCCGAGAGUUUGCGGCGAAGGUCACUGAAGAGGAGGAGCAUGUUCACAUCCUGAUCAACAACGCGGCUGUGAUGCGGUGCCCCCACUGGACCACCGAGGACGGCUUUGAGAUGCAGCUUGGCGUUAACUAUCUGGGCCACUUUCUCUUGACGAACUUGCUGCUGGAUAAGCUGAAAGCCUCCGCCCCUUCGCGCAUCAUCAACGUCUCGUCCUUGGCCCACGUUGCUGGGCACAUAGACUUCGGGGACUUGAACUGGGAGCAGAGGAAGUACGACACGAAGGCGGCCUACUGCCAGAGCAAGCUGGCCGUUGUCCUCUCCACCAAGGAGCUGAGCCGGCGGCUGCAGGGCACGGGCGUGACUGUCAACGCCUUGCAUCCUGGCGUGGCCAGGACAGAGCUGGGCAGACACACGGGCAUGCACAGCUCCGCCUUCUCCAGCUUCACACUCGGGCCCAUCUUCUGGCUGCUGGUCAAGAGCCCCCAGCUGGCGGCCCAGCCCAGCGUCUACCUGGCCGUGGCGGAGGAGCUGGAGGGUGUUUCUGGAAAGUACUUUGAUGUACUCAAAGAGAAGGCUCCGGCCCCGGAAGCUGAGGAUGAGGAAGUGGCCAAGAGGCUUUGGGCUGAAAGUGCCCGCCUGGUGGGCUUGGAGAUGUCCCAUGAGAGGGGACAGCCGCUCCCCAAAUAA